AUGUUGAUGAAUGCACUUAGGGCGGCUGUAGCGGAGCUUCCACUACGCCCUCUGCUGGUAGCGGCCGGAGCUGCAGCCGCGGCAGCCGCUGUUUACUAUUUUGUUAAACGGGACGAUGGAGAGAAAACGACAGCGGACCCCGAGGACACAACUGCCCCCGAAGUGUUCGCUAAAAUCGGCAGCAUUUCAGCUGAUCAGCAGAACACAUUGCAGAGCCCCACUGGAUUAGGUACACACCAGACUGAAGAAACUGAUAUGGAGAUAGGUAAGACAGAAGAGGAGUCAGUGGGCCUCUUCAUCCCUAAGCCCAUGCUGUGCUCUGAAGCUGAGGAAGGUGAGGUCCCUCACUCUCUAGAGAUGCUGUAUCAGACUGCACAGUGCAACAGCACCUCAGACUGCCUGCUGUUAGCGGCACACGUGUUACUGCUGGAAACCGGCUUCCUGCCACAGGCUUGUGAUGUCAGAGAUGGAGAGAUGCCCAGCGGCUGGCGUACAGCAGGGGGUCUCUACAGGCUGCAGUACUCUCACCCACUCUGUGAGAACAGCCUGGUUCAGGUGGUUGCCGGGCUGAGGAUACGAACACUUUUCAUAAAUGCCACUCUGAAGAUUACUGAUGUAGUAGAAUUUUCAUGGAUGCUGGACCUAAUACCAGAAGCAUAUGUGACUAAGGAGUGGGCAGGUGGAAAUGCUGGAGUGGCCUAUAGAGACUUGAAGAAACUGUCUCGUGUUUUUAAGGAUCAGUUGGCUUACCCACUCAUUGCAACAGCUAGAGAAGCACUGGGUCUCCCUGCACUGUUUGGUCUGGCUGUGCUGCCCCCUGAGCUGCUGUUAAGGAUAAUGCGGCUGUUGGAUGUUCCCUCGAUCGCAAAGCUGUCUAAAGUAUGCAGACGCCUGCACUCUGUUACCCAAGAUGCCUUACUCUGGAAACACUUUGUGUAUCGUGACUUCGGAGUGAAUUUUCAAGCUGACAGUGAGCACAGAGACACAGACUGGAAAGAGCUUUACAAAAAGAAAUAUCUGCGUUGGGUGCCCAUCCCCCGUCCUCUUUUUUCAGUCGACAUCAUCAGAAUAGAGCUUCAACAUGGUAUUGUAGUGGGAAACCUGCCACACCCACACAAUGGCCCUUUUCCAGGUCGUGGCCCACAUAUCUGA